AUGUUCCCCAGCCCCGCGCUAACGCCCACGCCGUUCUCGGUCAAAGACAUCCUGAAUCUGGAGCAGCAGCAGCGCAGCCUGGCCGCCGGGGAGCUCUCCGCGCGCCUGGAGGCCACCCUGGCGCCCGCCUCCUGCAUGCUGGCCGCCUUCAAGCCCGAGGCCUACGCGGGGCCGGAGGCCGCAGCGCCCGGCCUCCCCGAGCUGCGCGCAGAGCUGGGCCCCGCGCCCUCGCCCGCCAAGUGCUUGCCUGCCUUCUCAGCCGCCCCCGCCUUCUAUCCGCGUGCCUAUGGCGACCCCGACCCUGCCAAGGACCCUCGAGCCGAUAAGAAAGAGCUGUGCGCGCUGCAGAAGGCGGUGGAGCUGGAGAAGCCUGAGGCGGACAGCGCCGAGCGACCCCGGGCGCGACGGCGGAGGAAGCCGCGCGUGCUCUUCUCGCAGGCGCAGGUCUACGAGCUGGAGCGGCGCUUCAAGCAGCAGAGGUACCUGUCGGCCCCGGAGCGCGACCAGCUGGCCAGCGUGCUGAAGCUGACGUCUACGCAGGUCAAGAUCUGGUUCCAGAACCGGCGCUACAAGUGCAAGCGGCAACGGCAGGACCAGACUCUGGAGCUGGUGGGGCUGCCCCCGCCACCGCCGCCGCCAGCGCGCAGGAUCGCGGUGCCAGUGUUGGUGCGCGAUGGCAAGCCUUGCCUCGGGGACUCGGCGCCCUACGCGCCAGCCUAUGGCGUGGGCCUCAACGCCUACGGCUAUAACGCCUACCCCGCCUACCCGGGUUACGGUGGCGCGGCCUGCAGCCCUGGCUACAGCUGCACCGCUGCUUACCCCGCUGGGCCGCCACCGGCGCAGUCGGCUACGGCGGCCGCCAACAACAACUUCGUGAACUUCGGCGUCGGGGACUUGAACGCCGUGCAGAGCCCCGGGAUUCCGCAGGGCAACUCAGGAGUGUCCACGCUGCACGGUAUCCGAGCCUGGUAG